UCGCACCAACUGCCCCGCGGGGCGGGGGGGGGACACGGGGGCCGCUCCCGCGCUGAGCGGCUGGGUGGGCGCGUCCGGGGGCGGAGCCGGAGCGGAGGCGGGGCCAGGAGGUGCACGCGACGGCAUGGAGGGGCCGGUGCGGUUCCGGUGUCCCCCCGAGUUCGAGGCGGUGGCCCCCACGCCCCUCCCGCGGGGGUCCCUGGGGAGCCCCUCCACCAAACUCUGGCUCAUCCGCGCCCCCGCCGACUUCCGCCCCGAGAGCCUGGAGGGCCGCACGGUGCCGCUGGACGGCUGCGGGCAGCUCCAACCCGACGGGGACGGCGACGCGCGGCUUUACGGGGUGCGGGCGGUGCCGGGGGGAGCCGGCAGCACCCUUCUCCUGGUGUCCGACUCCCCCGCCGGCCCCCUGGCCUGCGCCCCCCCGCUCUACGGCUCCCUCGUCAUCACCGAGAGGUUCGGGCCACCCCCCGGCAUCCCAGUGACCGUCCCCACGCCCGACGUGCCGCCGGCCAAGAGGAAGAAGAAGAAGAAGAAGAAGAAGAUGACGACGACGGAGCCGCUGGAGGUACCCGAGGUGUCGACCCCAGGGAGGGCAGCGCCCGGCGAGGAGGGGGAGCGUGGGCCAGGACCCCCCCAAGACGUCGCGCUGGCCCCCGGCGAGCUGGAGGUGCCCAAGAAGAAGAAGAAGAAGAAGAAGCACAAACGGGAACGGCCGGAGUGACCCCAGGCACAGCGGGUGUUCCCGUCCCCCCCACCGAGGCUGCGUCACCAAUAAACGCCAUUUAUUUUAAAAAAAAAACCCAGAAAUUUUGGGGGGCAGCUGCUCAUUUGGGGUCCUUGAGGAAGGGCUCGUGCAGGACGU